AUGGCAGCACUCUCCGCCACGCCCUUCCUCAUCUCCGCUGUGGGGGAUGACGCUGCAGGCAGGUUGCACUGCUGUAGGCAGGUCGCACUGCUGCAGGCAGGUCGCACUGCUGCAGGCAGGUCGCACUGCUGUAGGCAGGUCGCACUACUGCAGGCAAGUCGCACUGCUGCAGGCAGGUCGCAAUGCUGCUCUGCUCUGCUCCCCAUGCCACUCCCCUCCUCCUCUCCUGCUCCCCUCCAGCCUGCCACUGUCCACCCCCUCCCCCCCUCUCUCACGGGCCCUCUAGGCCCAUGGCCCACCCUUUCUCCCCCUCUUCCCCACAUUUCCCUCACUGCUUCACCUCAUUUCCCUCACUACUUCACCUCAUUUCCCUCACUGCUUCACCUCAUUUCCCUCACUGCUUCACCUCAUUUCCUUCACUGCUUCACCUCAUUUCCCUCACUGCUUCACCUCAUUUCCCUCACUGCUUCACCUCAUUUCCCUCACUGCUUCACCUCAUUUCCCUCACUGCUUCACCUCAUUUCCCUCAAUCUUCCCCUCAUUUCCCUCCCCCCACCCCCCCCGCUUCCCCUCAUUUUCCCCGCUGCUGGCCCCUCAUUCCCCUCCCUUGCUUUCCCUCGUUUCCCCCCCUGCUUCCUCUCAUUUCCCCCCUUGCUUUCCCUCGUUUCCCCCCCUGCUUCCCCUCGUUUCCCCCUCUUCUUCACCUCGUUUCAUCUUCCUACCGUAUCUCACACUUUCCCUCUCCCCCUCUUCCCUAUCCUCCCUCUUCUUAUGGUACUUCCUUCUUUCCCUCUCAGCCCUGCUUCCCUCUUCCCCCUCUUCCCUAUCUCCCCUGUUUGA